UCUUGUGGAGAGACCCCAGGGUCGGUCAGGCCAGGGCAGCCCUGGGCCCCGCCUUAAGACAGGAGGCCGGACAACAGCAGCGUCACCGGCCUUUCACUCGGCCUUCCCCAGCCCGCUGCUCUGCAUAAGGUUGGCAAUCGCAUUGCAGCAUUAAUUGGUGGGCGCUGGUCUUUCAUUAGCAGCAUGACAGUGGGAGAGGGUUCGAUCGGGUGCCUCUGCCCCACCCCAGGACUCAGACCCACAGGCAUUUGAAGAAGGGAGGGACGAGGAGGUGGACAGACGCCGGACAGACGGAGCCAUGAACACAGCCCUGGGCUUGGCCUUGCUGGGCGGGUUACUCGCUUUCCCGGCCGGGGAGGCCUUGCGCUGCUACACCUGCCUGUUCCCCACCAUCGCACCCCUGGACUGCCUGAAGUCCGUCACCCGCUGCACCCCGACGCAGCGCUGCCUCACCUCGUUCGCCACGGGAUGCAGAGGUGCCCUGGAGCUGGUCGUCUAUGAGAAGAGCUGUGGGGAGGCCAAGCUCUGCGGGGCCCAGGGGAUGCGCUGGCUGCUGGGGGCCAAUUUCACCUACUCCACGGCCUGCUGCUCCAGCAACCUCUGCAACGGAGGGGCCCGCCCAGCCUGGGGGGCGCUGGGGAUCGCCCUGCCCCUCACCCUGCUGCUCUGAGACCCCCCCCAGAGCCCUUCCCCAUUGCCCGGGGCCUCAGUCCCUGACCCACCUCAUGGAGCCCCCCUAGAGUCCCCCAGCCCAGCCCUGGGACCCCUCCCAUCCUCAAGCAGCUCCAAGACCUUCUCUCUAAUCCCCACAUCAUCCUAGCUCCUUCUCCGCCCCACUGCCAGGGGCUCUGCCCCGCUCCAAAAUCCAUUGAGAGACCCCUCCCUCCUCCCACCCCACGCCACAGCACCUGGGUCAGCUGGGAACCCUGCUCUUCCCGCUCUGUCCCCCACAUUGAAAGCUCCGAGAUGCCCCCUCCAAGACUCUGACUCCUUCCUCUAAAGAUCUGUGCCCCUCUACCUGCAUCGAAUUAUGCUGGGAAAUAAAGA